AUGCAAGCCAGUCAGCGUCUUCAAUCAUCAGAUGACUGCGAAGACGCAAUUAGCAGUACUGAUGACGGAUCGCAGCCAAUAUCUCAGAACGUUCAGGAUUUAGCAAAUGAUAUAUACAAGGAGUUCGAGUCCUUAAUUAAACUAUACGGACAUGGUUUCCUUCACAACUUAAUGCCGUUGGUAAUACGUGCAUUAGAAAAUCUCGAUAGUCUGCACUCGGAAAACUCUGACCUUCAUCUGAAGUCACUUGUGUUAAGCGAUGAUCAUAGACUACUUUCAGGCGAAUAUGAAAAAGAGAAGAAACUGAGAAAAGUUGCUGAAAAUAAGUUAUUCCGAUUGGAAGAUGAUCUAGAAGAGGAACGCAAACAGCAUGAAGAAAAAACUGCGACUUAUGACGCUAAUAUACGCGUUCUUGAAAACAGAGUGAAAAGCCUGAGUGAUCAAAUUUCGAGGUUCGAAGAACAAGAAACAGAAAUGAAAAAGGAAUAUCAGCGUCUACAUGGUUUAUACACCAACCUACUGCGUGCAUACCUUGAAUAUGUAGAGCGUGUUAGGUCAAUGUUUAACAAAGGCAAAUUAGACAGUCCAUGUCUUCCCAAUAGUCCUUAUCCCGGUGGUAACACUUGCUUUGGAGUUGAAAUGUCUGCUCAAACAUCUGAACGCAGUGCAUUGGACCAAUUAAACCGACUUAGCAAUAUGUUGGACGCAGAAACUUUAGAGACAGAACGACAAAAAAUUAUGCGAGUCAUCAUGGAAACAACCCCAGAACUUUAUAGUGGCGAAAGGCUUUUCAAUAACUCCUCACUUUCAGAACCAUGUUUCGAUGAAUUAUCGCAAGGUGACUUACCGGAAGACGAUGGGCAUGACAUAAAAAGCCACGACGGCUCGAGUACAACCCCACAACCACAAUCUGGUGAACCGUUGGGUAGCGAGUUUGCUGAACCUGUUGAAUUGGAAAUAGACGGUGAUAUUACUGAUUAUGCUGGUGUACGGAGAGAAAUACAAAAUUUAAUAAAAGAGAAUCAAGAAUUAAUUCAAACAAAAAAUGCACUUAAAGUAGUUACAAAUGAUUUGAUUGGACGAAUUGAUGAACUUUCAUGCCAAAAUUUCCAAUUCUCAUCUGAAUUGAACGCUUUGAUUACCAAUCGUGCAAGUAUGCUUUUACGUAUUAAAGAUUUAGAACAAGAAAAUGGUCAAUUACGUCGAGAAUUUGAAAAUUCCGAUUUAUAUGGAAGUGUACCUGGUGAUGAAACAUUGGAGGGUGAAGAUCUUCCAUUGUCUAUGCGUUUUCGAUUUUCUCGCAUUGAAAUGGCACGUGUCCUGUUAGAACGAAAUCAAUACAAGGAACAAUUAUUAGAAUUACAAGAAGCGGUGCAAUUAACGCACAAUUUGAAAAAUACUAUUCAACAACCAACUAAAUUGCAUCAUUUGAGUGGGACAAAACGUGGACGUAUUAGAAACUUUUUCGCGCGCCUAUUCAAUUCAUCGCAAUCAGAUCAAAUGUUUGGUAAAUUAUUAUUUACCCAGUCAACAUCAUCAUUGAACAAUUCACAAUCGUCUAUGUAUUAUAAUUCAACUAGUUCGACCAGAUUAAAUGUAACCAAUCAAUUUACAAUGACUUCAUCACCAUUACUUAAAAAUGGAUCGGUUAAUGAACAACAACAUACAUCUGUUUUAUCUUCUCAAAGCACUAUAAAUGAAUGCUGUACAGAUCAAUAUUCAAUGAUGAUUCGAAAUACAUCGUCGCUUCAACAAGCAUGUGUUAUUAAUGAUUUGAAUAAUUCUACUGAAUUGUCUAAAAUGGAACGUCAACCAUGUUCUUCUCCUAUUCAAUGGUAUUCGCAUAAAAAUGAGCCUACAUUAGAUCGAAAAAAUGUAAAAGUUGCCUACAUUUAUCCUUUGGAUAAUUAUCCUAGCAGUUUAGAACUACGUUGUGCAACAGUCGCUUAUCUAAGUCAUCCUACAUCUCACUCAUCUGCUGCAUCAUCACCUACCAUGAGCAAUUCACUUUCCGCUAGUUCCGUUGGAAAUCGACUAGAAUCCCCGAGUGUCGAUGAUGAUCAUUCCAGAUUGUCUACAUCCGGUAAUGCGAAUCAUGAAUCAUUUAAAAAACAAAAGUCGAGAGUAGAAAAUUUGAGGAAAUCGAUGAAUAAUCAACCUAGUGAUCAGAAUUCAGAUUAUUCAAUGGUAAUCGACGAUCAAUUUUCAGAUGCUCAAUCCAAUAUUAUCUGGUUAAGUUCUUUCUCUAUGAAACAUGGUUUAACAACAACAACAACAAUAAAAGCCCCAUCUUCUGCUUCAUCAUCGUCGACAUCAUCAACAUCAUCAUCAUCAUCUACAAUGUUCACCGGUUCAGAUAAUUCAACAAGAAUAAAAAGUUUAAUUAGUAUUGUACGUGUUGAUCAAAAAUCAUGUCAAUUGCUUGAUUCAUUUGCUAUUUGUAGUUCAACAGUUUUAUGUAUAUGCAGUGUACCAGAAGUAUCAAUUGAAGAUCUCACCUCUUUGGAUGAAACAAGCCGUUAUUGGGAAAUGUUACCAAUGGAUACAUUUUCUGAUGAUUCAGAAAUAAAUCCAUCUUUGAAUACAGAUCUGUUAGAAAUGAAAACAAAAAAGCACAAUUUAAAUACACCUUUAACGUUGAAUGAAUGUAACAUUAAUACAGAAUUAAAAUUUUUGGAAUGUGUCAAUACUAACAAUAACAGCAAUAAUACUCCGCAAAAGCUAAAUCAAAUUAUUGAAGAAGGUCAUAGCCAUCGGACAUCAACACCAACAUCACAUCUUUCAUCGAUUAAACAAACUGUAGAUCAUUUAUCAUCUACACGACGUUUAAUUAAUGCACUUGGAAUUGUCGGUUCCGUUAAUGAUGUCGAUGAAGUGACUAUGUCGUAUGUGGCGACAAGACGACGUUUUCUUAUACGCCAGUUGAAUUGUGACACUUAUAUUCAUAAUAAUGAUGAUGAUGAUGAUUAUGUUGUUCAAGCAUCGAAUGAAGCAUUUCAUAAUCUUAUUUAUGAGGGUAGUCAUUUAGCUGGACAAGUAUUUGUCAGUUUAGCAAAUGGUCAACUAGUUGUUUUUCGACGUCAUCAUUUUCAUAGAAUCAAUAAUAAUCAUCAUAACAAUGCAUCUUUAAGUCAUUCCAUAUCGAAUCAAUCAAUUAAACAAGCACCGAUUGUCAGUUCAACAUCCAUGUCACAAUUGUCAUUAUCCUCAUCAACCUCAUCUAAUUUACCGGAUAAUAAUAAUAAUAGUAGUAAUAACAUUACAUCGUCUGAACAAUCCACUAAUACUCUUCAUUAUUCUCAUCAAAAUCUACGUUCAUCUAACGAUACUUAUAAUCAGACAGAUGAUACCUUAAUAGGAACAUGGAAUUUCACUGAAGCUUGUGUUAUUACAUGUGGACGACCACAAUGUUCUAUUAGUUGUACAAUAACUGUACCACCAACUAAUUCUUUAUGGACUGCUUAUCGUAAUCGGAUUUUAGUGAUUAAUGCAUUUACAUUACAAUUAGAUGAUUGUUUUAAAGUGUAUGCAAUUCAAGAUGCACAAAUACAAACAAUGUCAUGGUAUAAAGAUGGUGUAUGGAUAUCGAUAAGACGUGAAUCUAUUCUACGUUUAUAUCAUGUUAUAAGUCAUGAAUUAAUACAAACUGUUGAUUUAAAUCAAAUAAUUAUGAAUUUAAUGACUAAUAUAAAUUUAUCAGAUAAUGGAAAUAUUUCUACUAAACUGAAAUCCACUAGUUCAGUGAUUACUACUCUAAAAUCAAUAAAUGAUCGUUUAUGGAUUGGAACUAGUGCUGGAUUCAUUGUUACAAUGCAUUUUCAAGAUUGUUUAUUCAAUAGAACAUUUCAGCAGACAUCAUGUGAACGUCAACAGGACUCUGUGAAUUUAUCAAAACGGAUAUGUAAAGCCAUCUUAGAUUGCUCAUCUGUACAGACGGAUCAAGGCACUAAUCGAAUUGAUUUGUCCAAUAAUUAG